CACAUCUCUUUCAUCUCACGGCGCACAGAGUACAAAGCAAGGGCCACAUCCAACUUUCAAUACCCGCCCCGACUCUGUUGACCUGCAUGUCAAAGACUCAAUGACCUUUCCUGCCCAUUCAUUGCAUUCGUCUCAUUCUUACAUUGCUCAUCCGCUUUCACCACCUCAAUCUACUGUGGGCUCGACACCAGCUGCACAGACUGUCGCCACGCCAACCUUAACAAAUUUGCCUCCGUGUUCUCACGAAAGUCCACAGCAGAAUUCACUCAAAGGGAGAAAUCUAUUCAGCAACGACCGGUGUAGUUGUCAGCCUCCUCCUUUGUCAUAUUCGUCAAUUAUCGUAGCCUCCAACGAAGUUGACCAAAACAAAAACCUUAGCAUACACCAGCACUGCUCAAGAAAAGAUUUCUCCUCACUUGAAGACACUGAUAGAAUGCAACAGAUUGAUUACAUGCCUGAACCACAGCAGGGCUUUUCACUACCACUACACAAAGGACCUGCUGCUUUGUCAGCCAGACCUGGCUCAUUGCACAAGCCAACACUAUCUUCAAAACGGAUGCGUCCACCAUUGGCAGAGAUAUCGACUUCGGUAAUCCCUUCAUUGUCUACUACACAAAUAACAAGUAGUCCAUUGUCUUCAGAACAGAACUACCAAACAGGCCCUUGCGCCGACAUUAUUGAGCACUCCAAAAGUACCAAUCAUACUCAUCGAAGCAACAAAGUUACUAAUAAUGUUAAUCAAACUGCACAUGGAGAGAAUAUGCUCAUGCAUGAUCAAUUAUCGAGGCCCCUUCCUUUGUCACUUGCUGCAGUUCGACCGCUGGGUGUGUCCCAACAACUAUAUCAUUACCCAGAGCAUCUUCCAGAACACGCGAAUAUCAAUUCGACUUCUUUAAAUCCAGUAACUGAUACAGAAACAAGUAAACCUCUGGCCAAAAAAAAUACUUUGCGAUGUCGUUUAUCUCGCGAUGCCAGAGCGCUACGAACACGCAUCCGGAAGCUAUGGAUGGACCCUCGUGAAUCAGAGCAACAGAGGACUCGGCGCAACCCAAAGAAUCAAUACAUUAUACUGGAGGAGUCCUUAUUAGGAAUACUUCAAAUGGUACCUCCUAUCGUUCAGAAUGCAAAAGCACCAAAGCUUAAUCUAAGCAUGAUCCGUCCUAUUGGACAUUUAGAACCCGGAGGAACCAAUGCUUCAUCAAUAUCUGAAGCUACACCCGUGGCUGCUUCUAUUCACACCACAGAAUCCUCUAUAAGGCCCAAGGCAGCACUACCUCUGUCAUCGGCACCAUGGACAGACCCAUCGACCCUUGCGUUUGCGAGUUCAAGCAGUUCACACUCAAAAUCUAGCGGAUCUACACCAACUACCCCCGUCCACACACGUACUCGAACUACAUCGACUAAUUCGGCUUCGACGGUCAGCGCAACACGCUACCAGAUUGCGACUAGCAUUCUGCAGCCCAUCGAGCCUCCCCUAACAGAUGUUGCACAGCCUACAGCCCUCUCGCCUACAAGCACCGCACUUCUUGGAGAGCCGGCCCUCAGUACAAUUAUGGCGAGUGUAGUCAGCCCCUCUAGCCCUGCAACAUCUACCACACUUGAUGCAUCGGUCUCUGAACCGUGCAUUGAGGAAAGCAGUGGGAUUUUGAUCAACAAACUACUAAUGCUUUCCAGCACAUUCACAGGAGCUAUUAGGACACUAUGCGAGCAGCAGAAUGAGAAAGUGCUGCGCUUUGAUGAUGAUAUGAUCCUUGAUCUGCUAACAAGAUGGGAGCAAGAAGCUGGCAAAACUGACGGAGACGAGGAGCCAGAUAACUCCAGUUCAACAUCGUUAGUCACCUUAGGGGCGACAAAUGCUUUGGAGCGAUAUCAGCUCAUGGUUAGCAGGGUAUGGGAGGAGACUGAGGUAAUACUCCUAGGGAUUCGGAAGGUUCGAGAUCUUGUUGAAUUUGGGAGAGUACAGCAUUUUCCGGAUUUUGAUGACGACGAUUCUGAAGAAGACUCCAUGGAACGUAAUGAAGAAGUUAAACAAAGCCUCUAUUCCACGCUGCUUUUACAUUCGCAUGGCUUGGUAACUGUACUCGGUGAAUUCCUGGAGUGCGUUUCUGGUAUCCAACGCUUGGUCGGUACUCUCAAAAGUCAAAGAAAAGAUUCACAGGAAAAUCAGGGCGGCUUAAGCAUCACUGGUGUUCUUGAACGAAGUGAACCAGCUUCAGAAGUUAACCUCAUGUUUGAAGAGCCUCGUCCAGUUAAGCAUCUUGACCCUGCUCUUAUGCGUAAACUAAAGCCUAAAGCGCCGUUUAAGUCGAUCGCAGACAAGGUGCGUAGAUCAUUCUCAGACUUUGCACAAAAGUCAACCAACUCGUUGCUGAAGAUUUUCCCACCCCUGGGGGAUGGGACCAAUGAAGGAUUUGACUGGGAUUCAUACUCUGAUGGUGAGUAUGAUUCAGAAGAGUUAGUGCCUUCGGAAGUGGGCAGCUCACUCUGUAGAGACGGCGAUGCGCAUGUCCGCACACUUUCCCCACUAGGAAGUCCUGGGCUUACCCCUAAUAAGCAAAAGCAACGACAACAUCGGCCCAGGUCUAAGGAUUCCUCAGACUUUUCAGGACAAUAUUGGCCAGGGUCAACGAGACUUGGCCUUUCGGACGACAGUAUGAGCCCGACCAACGUGGUCUCGCCCAGCACGGUGCUUGUCAUGCCAGGGCCCACGUUUGACGCGCAAAGUAUGGCAACACCUCCUAGUAUAAAUUCUGAAAGAACAAUCGAUUCGAUCAGUGUGCGCCUCCGAAUGAGCAGGCCUGGGACGCCAAAGUCACUCGAGUCAUUUCAUGAAGAGACUGAGCCAACGUGUUACUUUACAUAUAAACCUGAGCCUCAAGUACCGUUGCCACCACUCCAGACUUCCAAGUCUGAGAGCAAAGAAAUGCGUCAUUCCAUUUUAUCUCCUCGACGGAAUCCGCAGAAAGAGGCAUUUACCGGGCUUAGCAUAUCAACGCCAAUCCCAAGCUCCACAAGGCCGUUCUCGGUAUAUUCCUCGGAAUCCGAGGCUCAGACAGCCUCCCCUUCGCGUAACAACUAUAAAGCACGGCCUCCAAAGCCACCCGUUCUCAGCCAAGCCAUGGUCAAGGAAGACGAGCUUAAUCGAGACGCGCAAGAGGCUAAUCAGGAAAGGACCCCUAAUAACCGAACAAGCUCAUGCCCUGCUAUUCGAACCAUAUCCGCGCUACAUACAGACCCCGUCACAUUGGAUUCACCGUUUACUAGGCAGACAAGUAUUAGGAUGGUCAAUGACCGGGACCGAUAUUCCGUCAAGAUGCCAUCCGACGAUAUACUUGAGCCUAGACCAGCCAGGGCUUCCAGCCGCAAUUCCUCUCCUACAUUCUGGCGUCGGAGAAGCUACAAUGACGCACUGGGGAAAAGCCGAUAUGCCGUACAGCUUGAGUCGGACGUAUCAGCUCUAUCUACGCCUCUAACCUCUGAGUUUUCCUCUAAUUGCAGGUCUUCUGUUCGCUUGUCGUCCUAUGAAUUUUUGGUGCCUUUCUUUUCAAAAGAAGACUCUAGCAGUCCUGCAAGCACCGCCACGACAGUCUCGACAGACGGCAGCCGCAUGAGCUCUGGAUCAUACUCAAAAUAUUCAUCGACUAUAGGCCGAUAUAACAACCAUCGAAGACAUUCUAGCCCCUUGAUCCCGGGAGUCGAAAGGGCACUAGCAGAUACACUCGGCCGCCGUACGAGUGUAUCUUUGAAUCAAAAUUGCCAAUUAGUAACAAAGACUUCAAUUGCCUCAGUAAUGAAUCGUAAUUCUGUGCAUAUGCUGCCAACUCUAACUGAGGAUUCCAAUCAGCAGCAGCAGCAGCAGCAAUAUAGCUCAACCUCACUAAAGAGCCCUGAUCAACUCGCAUUAUUUACAGAGGUCGAGUGCCUGGGCGUUCGCUCUCGGCCGUGGGCUCCACAGAAGGAUAGUAAUGCUUAUGACAUCGCAGCUCGAAAUCAUGGAACGGUUGCUGAUUAUCAUUCUCGAUCGAGAGAUUACAAAGAGCAGCAGAUGCAGGUUCAAAAUCAGUACCAGCGUCAGUACUUGCAAGAGUCCCAAGGCCAAUGUCCUGAAAAUAAUGAGGAUCGUAAGGGGGAUGAAAUGCCUCGCCGACCUAUUACAGAACCUCGACUUGGUGACAUGCGAAAAGCAUGGGAAAUCAUGAACCUGGAUGCAAAGCGUGUAAAUCCUUAUUCACAUCUACGAGCUUAUGCCAGAAGUCAACCCGGUCAAAAUAAUCUCUGGGCUUUGAACCACCCAAAUGCACUUCAAAGCUCAACAUCCCCUCGCGUUCUUCACAUCUGUGAAAAUAAUGUGGAUGUGCUUGUACUGCAAAUGUCAGGAGGAUAUUUACAAGUGGUCGCAGGUUUAUUAGAAAAAUUGAUCGAGCGACUUGCAGACCAAAAUGAGCAAGAUAGUGAAUAUAUCAGCUGCUUUCUACUUUCUCAUUCAUUUUUUAUCGAUUCUGAGGACCUAUUAAAACGGCUGAUUGCACGGUUCCAUAUUCAGCCUCGUCAAGGAGAGAUGCUUUACUUUGAGAAGUGGCAAGUGGUCAUUCAAAUUAAGGUUCUUUGUGUCCUCUAUCGGUGGAUCCAGCUUCAAUACGAAGAUUUUGAACGAAACCCAAACCUCUUAAAAACCUUAAAAAAAUUCUUAGAGGUUGAUGUGCGCAUGGGUGGAUUUGUUAAAGAGGCAGGGUACAUCGAGGAGAGAAUCAAUAUUAGGAGUCUAUCACCAAAAAAGAAUUGCAGUGUGAUCAUGGAACAGGGUCGAUUCUGCCUUCAGCGGUCGAGGACUCGAAAGAUUAGCCUGUCUAAAAGUCAAAGUAGAUCACCACAUCCAUUGGCGUCUCCUGGUGGUGUUUUAUCAAACUCUGUCCCACAUUCUCCUGGUACGCAUGUGAUUGAGCAAGGACCAGCUCCAGAGCUCUCUCUAGUAUCUCCAAUCCUUCAGGUCGGCACUCUUGAGCUGGCAAGGUACCUGACCUUGGCAGACAUGAAAGCGUUCAGGAGUAUCACCGUUUAUGAACUCAUGUCAAGCCAGUGGCAGAGGCGUCAAGCGGCAGAGAAUACGAAACGAGUAAACAGCGAAGAAGACGAAAAAACCGUCUCCGGCCUGAAUAUAGACGACUCAGGCAUGGUAGAUGGUGGGGCUAUUGAGGCUUUCACUCGACGAGCAAACAUGCUGAGUUACUGGGUUGCGCAUGAGAUCUUGAGCAUUGGGAGCCCUAAGACAAGGAAGCAGCUCAUCAAGAAAUUCAUUGAAGUAGCCAAGAUUUGCCGCUCACUCAACAAUUUGCACACAUGCAUGUUCAUUGUUUCGGCCUUGAUCUCGACCCCAGUGCGUCGCCUUGCCGCGACCUGGAAGCUUAUCAAAAAGAGGGAGAUGAAAUCUCUACAACAACUUGAACAGCUACUCGAUCCAAGUGGGAAUAUGAGGUGUUACCGUCAAGCACUCGGGGAAAUAGAGGCCCCUGCUAUUCCCUUUUUGCCAAUCUUGCUAAAAGAUAUCACAUUUAUCCUUGAUGGUAAUCCAACGAUGAUUCCAUCAAGGUUUAAUGGCCAGCCGCCUCCUGUUUCAGCCAAAGAUGGCAUCAAUACGAAUAAGAUUUCAAGGACUUCAGGCACAGCCGCAACACUAGUUGAAAAGAGCAACCCCUUAGUCGCUUGCACAUCAGGACUCGGGUCAGGCAUGAGCUGCGGCUUUGAAGCAGAAUCAGACCAAGGACAGCUGGUGAAUUUCGACAAAUUCAGACAACUGACCCAAUAUGUUGAAGAUUCGGUUGAUUUGGCCAAAUCAGCCGAUUACUGGUUUGAGCCUCAACUAUUGCGCCAAGCACGAGUCUUCCGACCCAAUUCGCCUUCAUUUGAUGAUACGAAAGGAGAGUACAUCAAUGGAGGAGGCAAUAACGCCAGUAACAGCAAUAAUAGGUAUUAUAGUCCUCUAGACUCGUCCCGUGGUCCUUUGGAUCACAUCUCGGAAAUUGUAGAACGCAGACUGGUCAAGGCAUCUGGACUGUAUGGGGUUCAUCAAAGAGUUAUUGAGGUCGAGUUUUUGACAAAAUCUAAGAGUAGCAGCAGUUUGUGGAAAGGAGGCGCUGGCAUUGGGAAUAUUCAUAGCAGUUUUGGCGGAGGAGGAACCAACGGAAGUGUAAAUGGAUCUAAUGUAGGCGAGACGGUGAUUCGAGCAAUACAGGGAGAGGAAGAGUACUUAAUGGGUCUCAGUCUGAUGUGUGAGCCAGGUCGCUAACGAGGAGGAUUGUUAGUACAUGUAAUGGAAAAGCAACAAUGGAUAGCAGCAACAACAUACCCUAAUCAUGUGUCGUACUCGUAGAAAAAGUAUUUUUAAUCAAUACACUUGCUUCAUUGUGUUGGAGCGCCCAACA